UAAACUACUGAAAAGCAACCGUCCUUAUAGUUUUUGACUUGACGGUGUCGUUACCCGAACUGCACUUCCGGCACGGAAGUUUACCGCUUGCAGACAAUACUGAGACCCUUUUGUCUUUAUGUUAAGCUCCUGUUUACCCUUAAGUUUCAUCACAUUAUAGUUAAAGGGUAAAACAACUGAUUGUGGCAACGCUCUGGUCUGGCUCAGACACAAAGAGAAACCCUAUGAAUGAAGCUGCAGUACCGUCAAUGUCCCUUUCAAAGUUCUUCCCUAUUUCUCUGGAGAUCCUGGAGGAGAUCUUCCUGAAUCUUCCUCCUGGUGAGGUGGUUCGUGUCUGCCGGGUAGUGUGCCAUCAGUGGAAAGAAGUGGUUGAUAGUAAGUCCCUGUGGAAAGAGAGAUGUAGAAGGGAAGGAUAUAACCUCAGUGAUACUUCCAAAAAUCCUGAAGACUGGAGGUUGUUUUACUUCUUGUGCAAGCAGAGAAGAAAUCUUCUCAAGAAUCCUAGAGGAGAAGAGGAACUCAGCGGCUGGCUGAUUUUGAAUAAUGAUUAUAGAUGUUUUCGAUAUGGUGGUAGAUUUGGUGGUUUGGAUGGAUUUGGUGGUAAUAGAUGGGCAGUGCACGCGAUCAGAGAGCCUCAUCCAGAUGAGACAGUCCAAAAAAACUUUGUGACCUCUUACAACAUGGCGAAGAAGUCACAGCUGAUUGAUUUGGAGAAGGAAGGUUACAGCCCGUCGUUCAUGGAUCACUUCCAGCCAGAUAUCCGAAUAUCUGAUUGGUAUGCACCAAGAUGCGACUGCGGCUGUAUAUAUGAGAUCCGUGCAGAGCUUUUGAAUGAAAAAAAGAGGCCUAUUCAGACAUUUGCUCCGGAGAUUGUUGAGUUUACGUAUGGGAGUGACGAGCGAUGGAAUGAGAUGGCCCAUGUAUUCAAGAACUAUGGACCAGGAGUGAGGUACGUCAUUUUCACCCACGGAGGCAGGGACACACAGUUCUGGGCAGGAUGGUAUGGGAUUCGCCUCACCGAAAGCUGCGUUGAGAUAUGUCCAGCAGCGGACAAAUAGCUCCUGCUUUUGCUUGAAAUUGCACCUCUUAUUUGCCUUAUAUAAUCUUCUGUUAUGUAAUGUGUCAAGGAAUGUUUCUCUCACUGCUAAACUAUGAAUAUGUGCAGUCUUUAUGAAAUGUUACGUUGUAACAGCCACAGUUUGAGAAAAUGUACAAGUACAGUAGCAGAGCACAUCCCCUCAUUGUUAAGAGGAUCUUAAUCCUCACUAAAAGUGCCUCCGAAAUAUUUUUGACAUUCCUCUCAAAAUAAGCAGUUCAACUUCAAUCAAUACUUUGGUUAUUUACCCUUUAGUGAUGUUCCCUGACCACUGUCAUAAAAUGGGUUUGCACAGUAUAAUGUGGAGUGAUAAUAUUAUGUUUUAGGUGACAUGAAGGCAUCAGUUGAACAAUAAAGUACAGUUACUUCAGGAAUAAAAUGCAUCUUUUGAGCAUGUCUUUGUGAAUGUUAAAAGGUUCACCACUACUGUUCGGCAUAUCAGCCUUAAUAGAAAUGUUAUUUGCACAGCCCAAUGAGAUGUUUCCAAAAUGCACACCUGAUUUUUUUCCUAGGGUUCGUUCGAUUAAAAUCCUUUUUCUUUUGUAUUGAUCAGUCCGUCUAGGUAGGCUAUGUCUGCUCUGGCAUUUUAUAAACUUUUUUUAUGUUUACAAGUUUUUAGCCAUGGUUGUGUAGGCCUACUUAUUUGUCUUUAUUUUUAUUGUAUUACU